CCGAUUGGCUACGGGGGUUGUCUUUACUUCUGCACGGGCACCGCACCCUCAUCGUCGAUUAAAAACAUUGUUCUGCUCUAUGUCGUCUAAGAGGACCAGUUUUGAUAGCUCUAUGACAGCAUAGCUGGAUGUUAUCCUUCAGUACAUAUCUAUAGGGUGCGGCAAGUGUAGGCAAGCCUGGGAAAGCCAGGACCAAGCCAAGCUUACUUUGGGUGAUGUGAACUCCACCCGAGGGUCUCGUUGACGAGUCCGACAGCCCUCAUUUUGGCCCUCCACCAGCUGCCAUCCUGAGCUGAUUUUCUCUUCAAAACAUUGGUGUCAAUAAAAGUGCUUCACCAUGACUUCAGAACUUGAUGCCUUGCGGCAAGAAACAGAACAACUAAAAAAUCAGAUUCGCGAAGCACGAAAAGCUGCUGGUGACACAAGUCUUGCUCAAGCUACAGCGUCAUGUGAACCUGUGGGCAGAAUACAAAUGCGUACCCGACGCACACUUCGGGGACACCUUGCAAAAAUAUAUGCCAUGCACUGGGCGACAGAUUCCAGGAUUUUGGGAAACCUUGUGUCAGCCUCUCAAGAUGGCAAGUUGAUAGUAUGGGAUGGUUACACAACAAACAAGGUGCAUGCAAUCCCACUACGCUCAAGUUGGGUUAUGACGUGUGCCUAUGCCCCUUCAGGGAGCUUUGUGGCCUGUGGUGGUCUGGACAACAUAUGCUCCAUUUACAGUCUCAAAACACGUGAAGGCAAUGUGAGAGUUUCACGAGAGCUUCCAGGCCACACAGGAUAUCUCUCUUGCUGUCGUUUCAUUGAUGACAACCAAAUUGUCACGAGCUCUGGUGACAUGACAUGUGCUUUAUGGGAUAUAGAGACUGGACAACAGACCACCUCCUUUACUGGUCAUACUGGAGAUGUCAUGAGUCUGUCCUUAGCACCAGAUAUGCGCACUUUCGUCUCGGGAGCUUGUGAUGCUUCAGCUAAGCUUUGGGAUGUACGAGAUGGCAUGUGCAAACAGACUUUCUCAGGCCACGAGUCCGACAUCAAUGCCAUUACAUAUUUCCCCAAUGGCCAUGCAUUUGCAACGGGGUCUGACGAUGCUACAUGCAGACUGUUUGACAUCCGAGCAGACCAGGAGAUAGGGAUGUACUCACAUGACAAUAUCAUUUGUGGCAUAACAUCAGUGGCCUUUUCCAAAAGCGGUCGCCUACUGCUUGGUGGUUAUGAUGAUUUUAACUGCAAUGUGUGGGAUGUCUUGAAGCAAGAGAGAGCAGGUGUGCUGGCUGGACAUGACAACCGUGUUAGCUGUCUGGGAGUAACAGAAGAUGGCUCUGCUGUGGCCACUGGCUCGUGGGACAGCUUCCUUAAGAUUUGGAAUUGAUAGCACGCCCUUUGCCCCAUAUUUCCUGACCACCCCCACCCCAUUGUAGCCAUGGGUGGAUUUCUGGGGACCUUGCGCCUGUCUCCUUACCACACACACAAUGUACACACAUACAUACACUUUUCACAAAUCAGAACAAAGAGUUCAGCAUACACUCUCAUGCUGUGGGAUACAAUGCAUGCUACAUGUUAUAGGCCAUGCACGUGUGGAAAAUAUCACAAGUCCAUAACACCGAGCCCUUUUUAACAUUCAUACCAGGCCAGGAAGCUUGUGAUAACAGAAAAAGCUUCAGCACAACUCCACCAACAAACUAUCCAGUGUGACUGAACUUCUCUUUUUUGCAUCUUGAAGAAUGUUGACCUGAAUGCACGUUCAUGAUUCAGUAGACUAGACAAGUUGCACAUGCCACUUGGUGACAAACAAUGCAUCAGAAUCAUCGGGAAGCUUGCAAAGGACAUAUAUGACCUACUUGGCAACUAUUGAUGAGUGGAGUUGGCUUACAAACUUUGUAGUGUUCAGUUGGAGCUCCCUGCCAUGCCUCACCACCUUUUUUUUUAAUGUCUUGACCCCCUAAUCCCUGCUGGAUGAUAGGCCUGGUGUUGAUUAUGUAUGCCUAGAUAAGUUUGCUUUAUUAUGGUCUAACAUUUGAAAAAGGCACAAGUAACUUGUCACCUUCGCUAGCAGAGUUUUGCCAAGUCAUCUAGAAUGUGUUUGCCAUUGAAAAAAUAUAUAUAACAGAGGGUAGAAUAUAUUGGCAUUCAUUUCUAAUAAUUUAUUUUAAAGAUAGCUCUUGGAGUUUACUGCAACAGAAUAUUUGCACAAAAAUAAAAUGCAUGUACUUGCCCUGUCACAUAUGCUCAUGCAUACGUAUUUAUUCUCCCAUGCUGAUGUGUAUGAGCAUACGUGUACACACAGCAUAAGAAAUAGUGAAUGGCAGUGCCUGUUAGUGUACAAUUUCAGGGCACAAAAUUCUCUUCAGUGGUAAAUAAAAGGAGUUAGAAUUCAUUUGUAAAGACGGCAUCAGAAUAAUGCUUAUUGAGCUAGUUUAUUUCUGGGAAGUGUACGACAUUCAGAUGCUUUUUUAUAACUAUUAUUUAUUCUUUUUAUUUUACUUGUUUAUUUUUAUUUUAUUUAUUUAUUUUUUUUGGUAAGUGAACUAGUGAAUGCUGCAGUUCAUCAGGUGGCUUGUUGAGAGUGGCAAUCAAGGGGCCCAGAUCAAAGCAGAAUUUGUGUCUGGGAUAUGCAUGGCAUAUGGCUGCCUUCUAUCCUCUGCCUGUUCUCAUCCCAGAUUAUUCUGAACAGUGGUAUUUGUAGCAAAAUGAUCUGACUUGCUUUUAAAGACUGGAUGAAUAUGCACUCAUCACUCACGUAUCCAGAACUCUAGUGUGGAUUUGUGAGCAUAUGUUCAAUGAUGAUAAUUAUGUUGUUCAAUUUUUGUGCAAGCAUGUGUGUAUGUACAAGAGUGAAUGCCUGUUUAAUCUUUAUUUGUGCAAUGUGUUUUUAAAAUACUUUGUUUGCAUAUGCAUGAUCAUAAUUUAAAAGAAAUAUUGACAUAAAAAAAGAAGAGAACUGCAUUCAUAAUCUGCCAUAGUUAUCAAUGACAAGAUGUUGGAGAUAGUGUUAAGUUGCGGUUGAAAAAAAUUGUGGAUUUAGAUAUCUUGACAUGUUCUCAGCUGGCAAGUUCGCUUGUCCAAGUGUACUGUUGUGCAUUGAUGUAGCUGUCAAAUUGUGAUACAUCAUACUCACUUCCUGCUUCUUUCACUACUCUUUGGCCUCAGCUCUCAUUUUCUUUGACAUAGUUCUUUGUCAGACCGGCAGUUCUCUUGAAACCUGUUGUGCCUGCCUGCCUGCAAACCUUGUAUUUCAUUAAUGACUGUAAUAAUCGACAUUGUUAAUUAAGCGACUACCUACUGCAAACCAUCAUACCAUUGUGCUUUUUGACCAUUAGCUUAACUUUUUCUUAAGCCUCAACUGCAUACUUUGCUAUGUGAUUGACCAAUUAGUGACUUGCCACAGAUUGACUACCUUAGUCCAGUUUUAAUGACGGUGUCCGUCUUAAGCUCAAUUUCCUGAAACCUUUAUGUCCACAUCAAAAAAUGUGUUUAAGUAAUCACAGAUGUGCCACAAUAUAGGGCUAAGUAAAAGUACAGUUUCUGUGAUAGAAAACACUUUGCGAUAGCUUAAUGGCUCACUUUCACAACUGUAAGAGAAAAUAAGAUUUUUACCUUUGAGUGCUGGCCAGAAACAAAGAGAAAUUAGAAGUUUUAACAUGUUAUCAAACUGGUCAUCUGAGUGUAGUAAAAGCUGAAUGCAAUGGACUGAAGUUCUAAAAGAGGAUAGGAUAACAGUAAAUAAAAUUAAAACUGGCCAAAAACUAGACAUCAACUAACUGCCUUUAGAAAUUGAAUAGAUUUAAAAACAAAAUUUAACAGCCAACAUCUUAGUAGUACUACAUCUACUCAUAAUCUUGUGGGCACAUAAAGCUUGAAGGGAGAAAGCCAUCUUGCCCAACAUUUUCAGUGACAUUUUGCCCAGGUAAACCAAGUGCAUAGGUGCUUUUGUCAUUGUGUUGUAAUUCUCAUGAAUUUCUGAUAUUAAAUCAAAUUCAUGACUAGGUUUGGUUUGCUUUGUACUACAUAACUUUGUCUUUGUUUUGGUCAUCAUCUUUUCACCUAUUUUGUCAUUGUUCCUUCUACCAAGAGAGCCAUGUAAAUGUUAAAGUCGUGUAAGGAAUUGUAUCUUAUGUUGAGAGAGGUUGGGUAGUGAUAAAUGUCUCUUAAUCUGAAUGCAUCCAUAUUCACAACAUCUUGCUCAUUUGAAUGUGUGCAUUGGUGUGUGAAUGCAAGCAUUGGCUGGUGCAGCGACAGUAUAAACAGGAAACACGUUGCAUAUUUUGUCCAGCAUGUGUUGUCAUAACUUUUGCUUUAUACAUAGGCAAUUCAGGAUCCGAUGUGUCAUCCAAACCCUUACAGUUAAAUGACGUCUCCUUUUUUUUUUGUGUGUGGCUUACUGUUCAUUACUGCUGCAGUGAUGACAAUAAGCAGCAAAAGCUGGGGCUCAGCACAAACAGCACAAGUAGCACAACAUGUUCACAUCGUCCUGUCUUUUCUUGAAUGGAUUUUGAUACUAUGGAGUCAUGGCUGGCUUGCAUGUCUAUUCUCUCGAUGUUGCAGUCUUUCUGUUUUAAUGUGUCUGUGGCAUAGUACCAAUAACAUUUCUGGAUGGCCCAACAGAAUCAACUCGAGAUGUGCCUCUGUACACAUGGUCAUUUUAGUCUGCAAGAUCCAACUUUUCUUUUCCGGUUGGCUAACAUCUCUCCUAACAGAAUAUACUGGAGCUUUUUGUGGACGAAUACCAUUUGUGUAAAUUUUCUUUAAUUAUUACACAAUUUUUUUUAUGUGUUUUGACAUAAAAGUUGAAUGCAGCCAUUCAGCUGUAGUAGAUGGCUUUUCUGUUUUUUGCCCAGUCCACUAGCCAUUAUCAGGUUUCUGUGGGUCAUUUUCAUCUGAUAUUGCAUAUUGAGGCACUACACGAGACUGGAAUAUCUCAGAAUAAUGCCAUUGCAAGUCGUGAAAUGUUUGGCCAUCAGAAUCCUAAAUGCUUACUGUGUACCUGUUUUGAGCAAUGUGUAAACAUAUGAGCUGUAAAGAAUGAGUGAAUAUUUGUGUCUUAUUGUUUUUCUUUAGUUAUUUUGUAUUCAUAUUGUAUACAAUAAUUAUAAGUUUUUUGUUGGUUAGACAACAUUUCUUUGUUGAUGGCUAUCACGUGCUGAUCGUUGUUUCCGGACAUCACUCAGCUGUUGAAAGUGUAUAUGCCUGCAUAGUGCAGCAUUUUUAUUUGAUUUGUACAGGUAGAAAUAUGAACACAGUAUUGCUUGAAUGCUGUGUUAGGUGUAAGUUAACCACGUAUAUUGCAUAUUGUUUGUUAUUUGAGAAACUGGGAAAAUACAGAUAGAAAUGGGGGAGGUCCUAAUUGUUUAGGAGGGUGUGAAGUGUUUCCCCUGUCCUCAUCACCAACCAGUGGUGUUGCACUUUGUUUACUUUUACUUUGUAAACAUAGGUGAGACUGUGCAAUAGAGAGGCGAGAGAGUGAGUGUGUGUGUAAGAGAGAUUCUAGUGCAUGAUUGUUGGGCAGUGCCUAAAAGUCAUCAAAGGUAUCUGUCUUGGUGGGCCAUGGAACAGCGGCUUUGAUUAUCAUGCUUGUGUAUUUAAAGACAGACACGCUUUGUGUCCUGUUCAUCCCACUUGUAAAUUUACCAGUAACAUGGAUAAACAAAUGGUAACAGUUUCUGCUGUCUUUUUCAACUGUGUAGCUCUACAGAAUCUUGAAACCUCUUUUCCUUCAAAGAGCACUUCAGCAGAUUUCUUAACCAUACUUGUUUCCUUUUCCCCAGUCAUUUGAACUUUUAACAAGUUCUCUAACCCCUGCCCCCCCCCCCCAUACCCUUUCUCUGGAUUUACCCCUUUACUCCCAUCCGGUCAGACAUGAAGUGACCAAACAAGGGGUUAGAAGACCCAGGAAGUAAACUAAUGCUUUUGUUGAGGCACAUGUAUUACCAGUGAAGUAUGCUACAAUAAUUGAUUUGUGUACCAGGUAGUAGUGUUCUAAGUAGCUGCCUGUUGCGCAUUAAUCCAAACAGGUAAAUCAGAAAAUCCCGGAUCAUGUAAAAGUGAAUGCCUCGUUUAUGUAGUUGUAAAUGGCAUAUUUGAGUGAGGUCUUUUCAUUUAUCCAGCCUUGCAUCUUUAAGUCUGCCACUUUCAAUUUGAGUCCUUGGAUGCCUAGCUACUAUGUUACUCACCUCUUUAUUCUGAGCAUACGUUCUGUGUACUUUGUACUACUGUACAUACGUACACACCAAUUUAAAAAAAAAAUCUCACUGUCACUAGUCUGCGAUCCUCACCUUUUGUGACAUUUCAUUUCGUAUGUGUACUUGUAAUUUUCAUUUGUCAAAUAAAGCUAUUUGUCUUUA